GCAUUGGAAGUUUUUAAAAAAUGUACCCAUACAUCUUUUAUUAAAUCAAAUUACAUUUUGCUUUUUAUAUUAAUUACGUACGUCAUUAUUUUAAUUGAGAGUAAAUAGGAUGCUGCGGAGCAAUAGCCUGACUUAUCUACUUAUUUAUCUACAAGCCGGAUGGCUGAAUAGUGGAAAGUGAAAGAAAAAAAAAAGAUGCAGGAAAGGGCGUGAUUCGCUUUCUGCCAACGGAUCCGCGGACUGAUCUUCCGGAAUGAUCGACAGAUCAGAUUGAUGAGGGUUUCAUGCUAAAUUAUGCAUUCCCAUCUAUUCUAUCGUCCGUCUCGCGUUUAAAUCAAGAUGAUCUUGAUUCUAUCCCGCCCGUGCGAUGUAUCGGAGACUGCAUCUCACUUCCUCAACAAUUUUACGAUCUACAAUUAUGCUUUCCUCGGAAUUGCGCUGUAAAAUUUUUAAUAUCACGGGCUUCACACGUGGCUGCGCCCGCGUGGUUUCCCUUUCUUUCCUUUUAAUAUUUUGAACGUGAAAGAUGAGGAACGACGGCGAAGAUUCUUAUUUUCGAUGACGUAGGAGAAUAUACGAAAUGUCCGCUUAAUUAAGUGAGCCUUUAUAAUUUGCUUCGAUUCUUUUAGACUAAUUAUAAUCGAGAAAAUAUUCUCGUUCUCCUAAUUAUGUUAGAAUAAAUUUUAUUAAUAUAAUACCAUAUUAGUUCUACAACAUUUUCAAUUAAAAAAUUCUUAAAAAUUGGAAAUUAUGAUAUUAUUUAAUCUUUUAAUUUAUUUUUUACGCUUUUAAACCUCAAAACAACGUUUUGUUAGGCUUGAAAUCGAUGUAGCUAAUCAAGCUUGAGGCAUUAAUUAGUCAUGUUAAUUGUUGACUUAUUACUUAAUCACUUAUUUCCAUAUCGAAUUUAAAAACAAAAUGCAGUUACUUGAUUUUAUAAAUUUGAAUUUUUAUCUCCGACAAUUUUCUUACCUUUAUCAAAAUCCGCCGAUCGAUGCCAAUGAAAUGCCAUUAAUCCUCAAGCAUAGAAACAUCAACUGCAAUUACAAGUUUAUUGUAUUAUUUUAAUAAAGUCAAUGAAAAGGACUUCCGAACAGGUGCAUCCUGCAGAAGGAGCGCGAUGAGUCUCCCACUACUUGAGGAGGACCGAAUCCACUUGAUCUGGUGGAGGCAACUUUCAGCGGAAUACGCUAUAUAAGAGAGUGACAUGCCGGCUGGCCGAGAUAAAGCACGCGUGUGUUGUUGAUCUCUCGCAGUAUUUUGUCCGUCUUAUCCUGUCUUAACUGUCCUAGUAUUUUCGUCAGUGACAGGAUGUAUUGGGUGUUCCUGGGAUUGUUCACCACCGCCAUCGCGGCGCAGAAUUCCUACGAUUUAGAAACCAGAGCUGUUUCGUUUCCCGGGAAGCCAAGUAGCUUAGGACCACUAUACACGCCCGGCUUAAGCUCGGCCCAGGGAUUCCGCGAUAAUAGUUACGAGGAUAAUGCAGUGACUCCCACGCCGUCGCCGACGCCAAUCUAUAGGAAUCCUAAUCAACAACCGUUAUAUCGCAAGCCAACGUCGUCACCGAUAGAUCGCGAUUACACUCAGGCCAUCCGUGUUGGUCCACCGCGCACUUCUGGUCGCGGACAGUCCCAAUUAGGCCCCAAUAGAGAACCCACCCCGGAGGAACUCGAGGAGGAGAAGGAAGAGCCCGAUCGUCUCAGCCUUCUUCUACCUCAAAGCAGAUUCGAUUGUGUCAACAAGCAGACCGGCUACUACGCUGACGAGGAUCUCAACUGCGAGGUCUUCCAUUAUUGUCAGGAUAACGCCAGGCACUCGUGGAUCUGUCCCGAGGGCUUUACUUUCCACCAGGUACAUCUAAUCUGCAUGCCACCCAGCGGUGACAUCAGCUGUCAGAAGAGCUCACAGUAUCAUUUCGUCAACGAGUACUUGUAUAAGCCGUUGAAUCUUCAAGAAGCUGAGACCAAGCCCAAUGUAACUUUGAGAUACAGCGAGAGGUAUUACCCCUCUGAUAUCUACACAGACGAGAGGGAGGUUGGUGAUUAUCAGAUCACUCCUACGCCCGCCCCGCUGCGUCGUCCCUCUCCGCAGGUCCUUGUAGGCUCACAGCCAAGUUUGAACAGCAUCCCCUCGUCGGCCCGUCCACAGCCCACAGGACUCCCACAAUUCCGUUUCCCGGUGAAUCAAGUAUUCCGCAGCCCCGAAGAAGUCAAUAUUCCCCUUCAGCACAGACGGCCGCAGCAGCAGCACCAGGUUCUCAGACGGUUUCCUCAAGUUCAAGUCCGACCCAAUGAAGAGGAAUACGAAUAGAAUCUUUAGAUUCGCGAAUUCUUCACUUUACUUAAAUUCCGUCCCUUUAAUUAUCUAUAAAUCCCAGGAUUAAUAAUUUUUUAAAAAUAGGCACCCCUUUUUACAUCUUCGAUACUUGUUUUGUAACUUGAUAUGCUUAAAUAUGUUUGUUGAAUCAUUAGUGACUUUUAUAUUGUUAUAUUUUUAUAUAUAAGAAUUAUAAACAAAAAAGUAAAAAAAGAAAAAUUAAUUGAAAAACGGGACGAGUUUUAUAACGUAUACAUUUAAAGGCGUUAUUAAUAUACAUAAUAACAAAUUUGUUUUCGUCAAAAGUUUUUUAUUCUCUAAAUUUUUAUUUUGUAAAAUUUUUUCAGCAACGUUCGUAAUCAGUAAGAAUUAGUGCUAAGAGACAAGAAUAAAUCUUGUUGAAUUAAGACGCGCCAAUAAUUACAUCUUCUUAUUAAUCAUUAUUUAUAUAUAAGGCUGAUGCAAGGAUAAUUUAAUUCGCGAUACAAUUAUUGUGAAAGUAAUUUAAUUAUUGUAAAUAAACCAUCAGUAAUAAUUAUA